AUGGGUAUUUUAUCUAUUGUUAUUAUAACUUGUAAAAUUAUUUCAUUAGCGUGUUUACUCGUAUCUGUUUAUGCAUAUCAUUGGUUUCAAAUUGAUAAUUAUUCAGUAAACAAAGAUGUAGUUCAAGAUUUAUGUAUAUCAUAUGGAGCAUUUUGUAAUUUAGAAGAUCACAUGCCAUUACCACGUUUAAUUGUUAUUGCACCUUGUGCAUUUUUAGUUAUUAGUCUUGUAUUAGAAAUUAUUAAUCUUAGUUUAUUAUGUCCAAUAUGGUCACGUGUUCCAACAUUAUUAAAUUGUUUUCUUGAACAAACAAGUAUUGCUUUAUCAUGUGCUGUUACAAUUCAUUGUAUUUGGGUUACUAUUGUUCAUAUUCGUAUAUCAAUGGAAAUGCGAAUAGUUCAUCUUCAUGGGUCAUUUUUUGCUUUUGGCUUGGCUACUAUACUCAUCCCUGUUGAUUGUAUUUGUUCAAUAAUUCGAAUUAUGAAUAAUUGUCAAUAUGACGAAACAAGUGAAACCAACCAUGAAGAACUUGCUAUUCUAACAACUUUAGUAUUUACAUUAUCUACUAUUAUCUUUAUUAUUGUUGGAUUUAUUGUAAUUAAAAGUAAUGCAGAUGAAAAAUUUGAUUGGUCAUUUAGUAUAUUUAUAUUAUCAUCAAUGUUAGGUUUUACUGAUUUAAUAUGUUCAUUAGUACGUGUGGUUUCAUAUUGCCGUGAUAAUUCAUUUCGUUCAACUUUAAUAACAUAUACAUCAAAUGAAAAUCACGGAAUAGUUCAAAUUCAAGCAUAA